CUCUCCUCUCCUCUCCUCACCUCUCCUCAGAUGGAUUCUUCAGGCAGUCGUGUGGAACCGGAGCGGCUGCCGGAGAGACGCAGCCUCAGAGAGAGGCAGCUCUGAGCCGAGGCUGGGUCGCAGCUCUCAGUGGCUUCAGACAAUCACAGCCAGAGACAGACACAGGAAAACAGACAGAACACCACACAGAUAGAAAGGUUAAAGAGGGAGGGAGGGAGGUAAAUAUGUAACAGGAUGUGGUUUCCCUGAGCGUUGCAGAACAUACUUUGAGCAUGACCUAAACGCACAGAUAGCACCAGGCUGAGCUCCGUUAGGUGGUGAGGACGAAGCAAACCGCUGGAGCUGCUGCUGCUGCUGCUGAGCCAACAGGCUUGUGUCUCUGCCUGCCCGAGGAUUGGGUUUCCUCUCUGCAGCCUCAGCUUGUCGGACCAGAUCGGAGCCAGUCCUCCAGCCACUCUUUACGCUUCUCUUCCCUCUAAAGUAGCAUGCAGUUUUCUGAAGGGAAUUCUGCUCCGGUUGCUGGAUUUGUCUCCAAGCAGUGAACUUCUCAACCAGAUUGUGAACCAGCAGGUCUGACCGACGAACUGUGGAGCCAUGGGCUGCGGGCUGCGCAAGAUGAAGCCGGUGUCGGAGGAGAACAGUCCAGGGAAGAUUUACUCCACCCUGAAGAGACCACAGGUGGAGACAAAAGUGGGCGUGGCCUAUAUGUACCGCUACCUGGACUUCCUGAUUGGAAAAGACGGUGGGACGUCAACGCUGCGCCUCUCGUCGGUCAGAGAGCUGCCCGACCAGCUGCAGGAACUCUACCAGCAGGGCUUCAUCCUGGCAGCCGUUCACCCGUUCAUCCACCCCUGUGGUCCCGAGUCCAACAGCCCCCAGCACCAGCUCUACCGGGCCAUACUGCUCCGAAUCAACGACGGGGUGGAAAGAAGCCAGCCGGUCUGCCCGCCCAACAAGCUGCAGCUGGAGGAGUGCCUGUCCUCCGAGCAGGUGCCCACCCCCGAGCUCAUCCAGGGCUACGUGAAGAAGCAGAUCCAGGAUGCUGCUGAUCAGGGCGUGAUGUUUGUGGGAUUCGUCCAGGAACCUUACGGAGCCCCGUGCACCCGCAUCCGAGAGCCGGAGACCCCUUCGCUGUCCCUGCACUCCAGCCCCAGCUCCGUGCUCGGGUCCCUGUGCAGCAGCAGCCCCUCCGACCCCUCCAGCCCCAGAAACCACGCGGACCCCCGAGCCCCGGUCGACGGGGCCGACAAGAACCAGAGCCACGGCGGAGUCUCGCCCGCAGCCUCCCCUCUGUCCGACGGAGACCUGCAGAACAGCGAGGAACUGACGGAGGAGGACUCGCCGUGCCACAACAACAACAAGGACCGGGGCACGGAUCCAAAGCAGAGGCUGAGAUACCGGAGAGGUGAUGGUGUGGAUCUGCUGGCUUUGUACAACCACCCACCGCUCCGACAAGGUCAGGUGAAGUACUACACGGUGAAGGUGCCGCUGCGGGUCCAGAACUACGACGAGGGCGUCAGAGGAGUGGAGGCGAACUGGUUGGACCACAUGACGCAGCACUUCAACAACGGAGCCUCGCUGGUGGACGGGUACUUCCACCUGGGCAACGUGAACGAACUGCUGCCUAAAUCUGUGGAAAGUGUCUUCAUCUUCCAAGAGGCGACAGAGAGCGAGCCGAACGUGGUCACGCCGACAUACGACGCGAUCGUAGUGGAGCAGUGGACCAUUAUCGAUGGUCUGCAGGUGAAGGCUGAUUACGUUCCUCUGCUUCAGUCUCUGGCCACGUAUGGAUGGAGACUCACCUGUGUGCUGCCAACUCCUGUAAUCAAGACCAACAG